GGUGGCACUGAUUGGCAUUGAUAGGUGGCACUGACUGGCACUGAUGGGUGACAUUGAAAGGCAGCUCAGAUGGGCACUGAUAUGUGGUAUUGAUGUUCACUGGUAUGCUCUGAUAUGUGGCAUUGAUGUGGCACUGAUGGGCACUGGCACGUGGCACUGAUGAGCACUGACUGCUGGCACUGAUGGGCACUGACAGGUGGCACUUCUGGGGCCACACUGAUCUUCAGUGCCCUGAUGAUCACUGUCAGCGUGAUGGCUCGAGAGGAG